AUGCAAGAACCUAUUAGAAACUCCGGUGCAGUAUCAACGGAUAACCAAAGCAAACUACAUCCAAAACUUAAGGGCGUUUCAAUUGCGCAGUUAAAUAUUACCAGUCUGACUAAACACAUUGACGAACUCAGGAUUCUCAUAACAGAAAUGAACUUUGACAUACUAUGUAUUAAUGAAACAAGAAUUGACAAAACAAUUAAGAACUCAGAAAUAGGACUUCAGGGAUACGACUUAACAAGACGUGACAGAAAUAGACGCGGUGGGGGUGUAGCAAUAUAUAUACGUAAUACCAUACCAUACGUGGAGAGGUCAACAAUAAUCCCUGAAAAUGUAGAAGCAGUAUGUAUCGAAGUAAGAAAGCCGAAUGCCAAGCCAAUACUCAUUUCGACGUGGUACCGACCACCAAACUCCAAUUCUGAGAUUCUCGACUCUUUUGAAAUCUUUCUUCAAAACAUUGACACAGAAAAUAAAGAAAUUAUAAUAACUGGAGACUUUAAUAUAGAUUUAAUGCCCAGUGAGACCGAGAAUAGUAAGGCAAAAAGGCUUAAAGAAUUACUAAACACAUAUCAAUUGUCUCAACUUAUUAAAAAGCCUACUAGAACAACAGAAUCAACGAAGACGCUCUUAGAUUUAGUAAUUUGUAAAACUGACGACCCAAAACCCGCUACAACGGACGUUGUUGAGCUAGGUAUAAGCGACCACAACCUAGUCUACACUUGUAGAAAGGUCGGAAUAUGUAAACAAAAACCCAAAAUUAUUGAAACAAGGCAAUACCAUAAACUAAAUAAUGCGAAAUUCCAAAACGAUUUAAAACAAGCUUUACUACAUAUUAAUGAACAUUCAGAUCCAAAUACGGCCCUACAGGAAUGGAACAGAAUUUUUCUACUGAUAGCUGAUAUAAAUGCUCCUAUACGAUUGAGAAAAGUGAGAAGUGACCGACAACCGUGGAUGACUGAUGAAAUUAAAAAACUGAUCAUGAGCUUUCACAGAGACUACAUAAAAAAGAAAGCAGUCAUGUUAAAUUCCUCUGCCUUUCAUAGUUCAUACAAAAAAAUGUAAAAACAAAGUAACUAAACUUAUUAGCAAUGCAAAAACUCGCUACUUUAGAACCAAUCUCGAAAGCAGCAAAAAUUGCAAAGAAAACUGGAUUCACAUAAACAAACUGCUAAACCACAAAACGGUCAAAACUCAGACGAUCAAUAACAUUAAAUUUGGAACCAAAAUAUUACAGGUGAUAUCAACAUAGCAAAUACAAUUAAUAACUACUUUGUAGAAAUUGGACCCAAACUUGCUUCCGUUAUUUCUCCUACAGACAUAGACCCUAUACAACCUAUUCAACCUUGUAGAUGUGAAUUUAACUUAAGAGCAAUAACAACAACAGAAUUAAUUCAAACAAUUGGGAAAACUAACUUAAACAAGGCCCCAGGUCUAGACAAAAUACCAAUUAAACUAAUUAAACUAGCAGGAGAUGCCAUUCACGACUACUUACUACAUAUCUUUAACCUUGUACUGGGCACUGGCAUUUUCCCAGAUGAUUUAAAACUUGCUAAAAUAAUACCUAUUCAUAAAGAAGGUGACAAGGCGGAAUGCGGAAACUACCGGCCUAUAUCUGUAAUUCCUACUGUCGCCAAAAUCCUUGAAAAGAUUAUAUACGACCAAUUAAGUUCAUAUAUCAAUGACAACGACAUCAUUUGUAAACAGCAAUUUGGCUUUAGACCAAAUCAUUCUACAGAAACUGCCCUAUUAAAAUGCACAGAUCAAUGGCUACUCAACAUGGAUAAAGGAAUGGCAAAUGGAGUGCUAUUUUUGAAUCUUAAAAAAGCGUUUGACACGGUUGAUCAUUCUAUUCUCCUACAAAAGCUAUACCAAUAUGGUAUAAAGGGUACUCCUCUAAAAUUACUAGCAUCUUACUUAAACAACAGAAAACAAGUUUGUGUCAUUAAUAACAACAAGUCAGGCCAAGAAACAGUUCAAUGUAGAGUACCACAGGGUUCCAAUCUGGGACCAUUGCUAUUCUCAUUGUACAUAAAUGAUUUACCAAUGUGCCUUGAGUACACACAAGCAUCCAUGUUUGCUGAUGACACCAAUCUAUCAUGCACAGGAAGGACCCCAGCCGAAAUCGAGCACAAACUAAACGCUGACUUAUCCAAUGUUAACGACUGGUUAGAAGCAAAUAGGUUGACAUUGAACACAGACAAAACAGAAUUUAUGAUAAUAGCCUCAAAAAGAAAACUUAAUCAAUUUCGCACUGAUAUUCGUAUACAUAUAAACGGAUCCAUUAUUAAACAAGUUAAGCAAAAAAAAACCUUAGGUAUUACAAUUGAUAACGAACUAAGGUGGACUGAACACAUUAAUGAGCAAUGCAAAAAACUUUCAAGUGCAAUAGCUCUGCUUAGAAAGGCAAAACCACAUGUACCUUACAACGACUUACUCCGUAUUUACAAUUCCCUGGUAGUUCCUUACUUUACAUACUGUUCGACAGUUUGGAACGAUGGAAACAAAACAAAUUUGGAAAAACUUUAUAAAUUACAAAAGCGAGCCGCUCGUAUAAUUACUGGAUUAAACUAUGACACAAGAUCAAAAACAAUCCUCCAGAGUCUAGGUUGGCAUCCAAUAGAUAACAUUCUUAAAAAAAGAGAAUUUCUAAUUACGUUUAAGGCUAUCCGAGGUAUAGUGCCGGAGUGCAUCUGUAAUAUGUUCUCCUACUGUGAUAAUAGAAGUCACCACAUGCGGAGCAACGGGCGGAAACUAACUCUCGAUAAACCUAAUAGAUCAUUUAUGAAAAAGUCAUUUUCAUAUCGAGGAGCUUCCGCCUGGAACUCAUUACCAAACGAAAUCUUAGACGUUCACGAACAGUUGACGAUACAUUCUUUUAAAACUAAGCUCAACAAUCACCUACGUUGAAAAAAUAUCCAAUUGUAAAGACACCUAGUCAACUACACUAUUUUGUAAAUACUUAUACUAUUUUGUAAAUAUUUAUUUUGUACUUUCUUUUAUGUAAACAACCCCUUUAAAAGCAGCGUAGGCUGAAGGGUUAUUGUUUGUAAAUAAGUUUUAAUAAUAAUAAUAAUAAUGUUCGAAGGGGCCGAAGUUAUUUUCGGCGAAAUUAUAUCUAGUCUAUAUUUUUGUUCAGACAAUUGCGUAAUUUGAUACAAUAUGACCGUGUUUGACUUUUAAAGGCCCAUAAGCCGCUACAAUUUUGAAAAUGACUAUAACUAUACGGAGUAAAGAGUUGAAUCUUAUAUUUCUGAAUCGAAUGGUAGUAUUUCUGUCUUCAUAGCAUGCACUGAACUAAGGAUAUGAAAAUACAAAGCCGUCAACCGCUCGCGGUGACGAGACUGGCUUGUGAUGUGAAAGAGAAUUAUUGAUAUUUAAUUGAUAUUUAAUAUUUCUAUUGCGCGAUUUUACAUAUGUAUAUGAUCAAGUGCGCAUUACAAGUACAGCCGAUACUGGCGUGACGCAGACCGAGGUAGACUGUGAGCUUACAAAUGGCGCUUUAAGCAGACGCUAUUAGUCCAUACCUCAUUAACGAUCUGCCCCCUAACCUACGUGCCUAACCCACCCUGUCAACUUUCCCUGUGGGAGGAAACCGGAGUCCCCAGAGAAAACCCACGACCUUCGGCAGAGCGUUGACUUUUACUCUUUUCACAUGAGAACUGGGUUUGAAUCACAUUGAGAAAUUCUCAUUGAGAUUUGAACCUGCGACCUUAGAGGUGAAAGGCAAGUGCGCUAACCACUUGGCCACCGAGGCAAGGCAAGUGCGCUAACCAAGUGCGCUAACCACGAGGUGAAAGGCAAGUGCGCUAACCACUUGGCCACCUGGUCAUGCUGGUUAAUAUGAUUUCGUCAAUUUAAAAUGAAAGCCCGAAUACCUGAUAUGUUUUCGGAGAAACAAAUAUACUUGAUUGUAAAAUUUUUCUAUGUUUUAGCAAAUGAUAUAUUUUCCUGCAAUUUUGAUGGUCCUAGCAGGUGCAAAUGGACUCAAGAUUCUAAUGAUGAUUUCAAUUGGACCAGACACGAAGGUCCUACACAUUCUUUCGACACGGGUCCAGCUAGGGAUCAUACAAAGAGUGAGUGUCAUAUUCUGUUGGCAGAAGUACCACUACCAUUAUUUUAUCAACAUAACUAUACAAAUACCAACUGUGCCACCACUAUCACCAGCAUCAUCAGCACUCAUCAUUAUCACCACCACAACAAAUAUCACCACUGUGAUCACCACUACUAUCCCUUUCUAUAUCUACUGAUUUUUGCGUAAAGAUCCUUUCUCUGAUACAUUUCUAACUUUCAUCAUAUAGAAAUAUCAUUGCCUGACGAUAGGGGCAUAUCAGUUCUUAAUUCAGCGUAAAAUUACUUGUAGCUGAUUGGCUGAGAUGCAAGCGCGGGAAGUUUCUUGUUUUAAAUAGCAAUAAAAACUGGCUUCUUGCUUUGUCUUUUGGGGACAAUAAAGUACAAAUUUAUAUAUGGGUUGGAGUAUUUAGAAAAUGAGCACCAUCUGCAAAGACAUAGAAGCAUACUAAGUUCAAGAACUUGGCAGAUACAGAGCGUUGGGCUAGUAAUUCCAAAGGUCGUAGGUUCGAAUUCCACCGUGGCCAGACAUAUUUUUCAAGCCUGCCCGGUGUGGAUAUACACUCAGAGUAACAUCAUACAGCAUCUUAUUCACCUGAAUACAUUACACCAACACAGAAAAUAUCAGAACUUGACAAGUUGACAAUACAACACUAUAUAUUAGAAUAACUUUUAAAAUAUUUAAAUCUCGCUGAGAAUGCACGAAGAGAACAUCACCAUGGACAUCAAAUGUUCUUUCUCAAUCUUUAACGCAUCGAGUACUUUUUACGAUAUCGUGAACUGAAAUACAAUGAUACAUUGUUAUACACUGAUAAAAACAUGUGUAUUAAUUAAUUGCCGCUAUUAUAAAAUUGCGACAUAUUGGCAAAAUUAACCGAGGAAAUGCAUUGAUAUUUUUUUAUGCAACAAAUACUUUUAUAAUUUUUAUACUAGCCUAUCUGACGAACAAAACCCAAGGUCCGGGAUCAUUACGACAUCGAAGCGGCAAAUGCAUUCAUAUUCUCAUGGAGGGUUCUAGUAGACCAAACGAUGGAGAAAACCUUGUGUUAUACCGAACGUGUGGGAAAGAUAGGCUGGAGUUCCUGCUAUGGCCAAAUGGAACGUUGAUGCAUACUAGACAUCGCAUGUGUGUAAAACCUAUUGCUACUGGACCUUUAACUGAUGGAGUGAAGGUAAGUGAACUCGGUUAGAGAUUUAUUGAUCACUGAUUUUCCUACCUACCUAAUUACCUACCUUCCUACCUACCAAUCGACCUACCUACAUACCCACCCACCCACAUACAUGCACACUCACCUACCAAGAGGAACAUUGGGUUAACAAAAGAAACACAUAGCUUACUAAAAGGAAAAUAUGGGUUACGAAAAGGAAAAUAUAGGUUACUAAAAGGAUUGUAUACUUUAGCGAAAGGAACAGCUCAGUUGCAAAUAGGAUUACUUAAGUUACCAAAAACAACGAUAAUAGAAACACUCUAAGUUAUAGUAAAUAUUGUAAAUUAUAUUCAACCAACCAACGAAGCAGCCAACCAAUUCAACCAACAAACCAAAGGAACUACCUAUCAAGCUACCUACUUACCUAUACCACCUACUAACCUGCCAAUACCGAUCGAAACCCAUUUAUCUACAAACAUACCUACAUACAUCUUCUUUUCAAAGGUGGGUGUUUUCGAAAGUUGUGAAGUGACAGACAAGUGGACUUGGACUGCCCAUGGAGCACUGCAGUACAAAAAUAUAAUGUGUCUUAAGCCUGAAACAGGAGGGUCAAACCCGAGCAAUAAUGUGAAACUUGUGCUUGAUUCAGCGUGUAAUCUUCCAGAGUCACAAAACUUCUUCGAGUUUGUGCCGUGUAAGUAUAUCCUUAGUGCUUUAUAUAGCUGCCACUUUAUAUAGCUGCCACUCUUAAUUACGUAGAGGGAAAAGUAAAAGUUAAUGCAAGCUAUAAAGUCGUUUAAUAUGCAAAAAAGUUGUUGUAAGUCAUAUACUUUUAAUAUCUUUACUUAUUUUGGAAACGUUUAUCACUUUUAACUUGUUCUUCCAUUGCUCAAUCACUAAAUGUAUUUAUUAUAUGGCAAGCAUAACUUCCGGGUAAAUGAUGGACUAUGAUUGGCGGAGAAGCACUUACAGUGCUUCAUUAAUUACUUUCCGUAGGCGGUCAAUUACGUAAAAACAAACACAUACAUUUUAAAACAAAACAGCAAAACUGAAAAUUUGAAAAUUAUAAUUAAAUUUGUUAUUAAUAAGAUAUCUUCGAAUGGUUUUUAUUGGAAAAGAAAAAAUGGAUGGUAUUUUUGUUUACUUUAAGCAACUCGAAUCAUGCAUUUCUUGACAUGUUAUUUGUUUCAAGUAUAAAUGCUUUUAAAUGCCAUAUAAUAAAUUUUUAUUGGCUUCGCUUGCUCAGUAUGUAAAGAGAAAUAUCGGACUUCCUUUUUUUGUGCGACUAUCUUGCCCUACUGGCUCGGUCUGUACAAAAAGACCCCGGUCGAAUAUUUCUCUGUCCAGAUAUCGCCUUUGUUAAAUAAAAACUGUGUAGAUCUUAUUAGUCAGGUUCUAUAAUCUUUAUAAAGAUUCUGAAAGUAAAGACCAUUCCUUAUUUGUCUCUCGGCCUUCUGGCAAGAUUCGAUUUUGUCACCGUGGGAUACAGGUUUAA